ACUACCAUGAUGCCUUAAUCAACAUAGAACGUGGUGGGCGUUUAAGAAAGGUCCCCGGAUGCAGUUGUGAUUGACUGUACACUGCUAAAAAGUUUCGCUCUAGUCGAGAGGUGCGUCUGCAGCCCGUGUGGUAGGUCGGUGUUAGGAAGGCAACAGGACAGGAGACAGAAUGCAGAACGUAAAGUGUGUAGUGGUGGGGGACGGUGCCGUGGGUAAAACAUGCCUCCUCAUCUCCUACACCACAAACGCUUUCCCUGAGGAGUACAUCCCCACCGUGUUCGACAACUACAGCGCCCAGAUGACGGUUGAUGGCCGCAUCAUCAGCCUCAACCUGUGGGACACAGCCGGACAAGAGGAGUACGACCGCCUCCGCACUCUGUCCUACCCCCAAUCCAACGUCUUCGUCAUCUGUUUCUCCAUCGGGAGUCCUUCCUCCCACGCCAACGUCCGCCACAAGUGGCACCCGGAGGUGUCUCACCACUGCCCCAGCGUGCCCAUCCUCCUAGUGGGGACAAAGAGGGACCUGAGGAGUGAUGGGGAGACGGUGAAGAAGCUGAAGGAGCAGGGUUUAGCUCCCACCACACAGCAACAGGGGAACAGCAUGGCUAAGCAGAUAGGAGCGGUGAAGUACAUGGAGUGCUCUGCUCUGACGCAGGAAGGGGUCAGGGAAGUGUUCAGCGAGGCAGUACGGGCCGUGUUGUAUCCCGUUACCAAAAAGAAUGCCAAAAAGUGUGUACUGUUGUAAUGGAGGGACACAGAUGGGGAGAAGGAGGGAGAGACAAUGACGGCGCAAGGUUGAGUUUGUUGGAGGAGAUGGACUCAGCCCCCAGGCCUCUCGGCCCCCUCUGCCUCUCGGCCCCCUCUGCCUCUCGGCCCCCUCUGCAUCUCGGUCCCUUUGCCUCUCGACCCCUUUGCCUUUAAAGACUCUUGAUUCAGCUCACUUCUCUCCUUCCUCCAGCCUCACAAAAUCAAAUCUGGAACUCAGUCAGUUCCACUGCUUUUUCCCCCUAAUUCCCCUCUAAUCUGGAACUCAGUCAGUUCCACUGCUUUUUCCCCCUAAUUCCCCUCUAAUCUGGAACUCAGUCAGUUCCACUGCUUUUUCCCCCUAAUUCCCCUCUAAUCUGGAACUCAGUCAGUUCCACUGCUUUUUCCCCCUAAUUCCCCUCUAAUCAGGGACUCAGUCAGUUCCACUGCUUUUCCCCCCUAAUUCCCCUCUAAUCUGGAACUCAGUCAGUUCCACUGCUUUUCCCCCCUAAUUCCCCUCUAAUCUGGAACUCAGUCAGUUCCACUGCUUUUUCCCCCUAAUUCCCCUCUAAUCAGGGACUGAUUUAGACCUGGGACACCAGGUGGAUGAUUCUCCUCUAAUCAGGGACUGAUUUAGACCUGGGACACCAGGUGGAUGAUUCCCCUCUAAUCAGGGACUGAUUUAGACCUGGGACACCAGGUGGAUGAUUCUCCUCUAAUCAGGGACUGAUUUAGACCUGGGACACCAGGUGGAUGAUUCUCCUCUAAUCAGGGACUGAUUUAGACCUGGGACACUUGGUGUGUGCAAUUAAUUACAAGGUAGAACAGAACCAGUUGUUCGGACCUUUGUCGGGUCAGAGCUGAGUACCCUGGCUCUAUUCCUUGUCCUCAGAGUUGAAUCCACUUCUAAUUCUAUCAUCACCAAGUUGACUAUUCCAACAGGGUGCAGAUAGCCUCACUCCUCCCAGUCCGCUCAAACCUGUGUUAGUGUUAUCACUUGAUUCUUUUGUUGCAAUGUUCCAAAGAUGCUUCUGCGUAAAUCAUCGGUCUGUUUUGUUUCGUAUGAUCCCUUGCCAUUUAAGAUGCUUGUUAAUAUGCCAUGUUGGCUGAUAGAGCUGGAGAGAUGAGCUCUGCCUUAGUAAGAGGUUAAUCAUUACCUCAAUCACAGCCUCUCCAGUCGGUUAUUCAGGCUAUCCAUCCAGGACUGUUGAAAACACACCUGGAAAUGGCCUAUAUGUUUUGGGCAUCUUGUUCUGUACUGUUCUCUGCUUUAGCUAGGUGUCCAGUUUACCUUCUUAAUGUCCCUUCAAAUGGAUAUUAGCCUAAUCCAAGUAUGAUGCAAGGGCCAAAGCAAUGGGUUUGUGUGCAGACAUUUUAAAAUCAAUGAAUGGAUUGGUUGGAUGAAUGUUGUGAGUUUGUAUGAUUUAAUGCUGACAGGAAUGGUGGAAUGAUGAACAUAUCAGAUUGUCGGUUCUAGUUAUUUAUGCCAAUUACAUUUUAAUGUGCCUUAUUGUAAGAUAUCUGACGUUUAUUGUAUCUACCUUAUUGAUUAUUUGCUUUAGAUGCCAUAACUGUUGAGUAGCUGUGUGUGAGAGAGAGAUACUAGAGUUGAUUAAACUCCACGUUACAUCCUCUCAGAAGAACCAAAGCUUCUUAAUCAAAGUUCCAUGAAACCACUUUUUGACACAAUGUUUCUCCCCUCGGUCUACUCUAAGACGGAUGUAGUCCCAUAACUGACAUCAGAGCAGUGUUGUGGGUGUUGUGGUGUGAACUUGUGUUCACAGCCCUUAGCGUUUGCCUCUAGAAUGCUACAAAUUAUAUAAUGCUGGUAAAUGGAGGCUGGGGUUUGAUUACUGGUUGUGAUAACUGACAAUAACUACAACAGGAAAUAGGGCUAAGAUUGCACAUUUAUUUUGGCAUAUUUGAUUAAGUAAAUGAAACAUGGGCAGUAUAGUCUGGACAUUUGAUAGGGUAUCAUGCUGAAAAUGUACAGGGUCAGACCUAUUUACAUGUGCAUCACAAAUGGCACCCUACUGCCUUUUUAGUGCAUCAAGUAAGUAAUAGGGUACCAUUUGUGACUCACUCAGAGUAUUAAAGAAUAAAACCAAGGGAGCAAUUAAAACUCAUUCCUAUUUUAUAUAAUCUUUUAAAAAAAAUCUAUAUAUUCAGGUGUUCAGCUGGUAUUUUGAAUAUAAACUUAACAGUAACCAAUCAUGGGAGUUCACUCCUAGGUAGGGAGAGAGAUGCAAAUUAUUGUUUGAGAAAAAAAAUCUGUGUGUGGAAGAAACAUACCACUCCACCUCAAGUUCUAGAGGGAGUUUUUAUUCUGUCAUGUGGAGAUCCUUCAGGGCUUCGUGGAAACAGAUGUUGGUUGAACAUAUUGCUGAGACUGUUUAGAGUGUUUAAGAGAAUGAAAGCAUGUCUGUCAGUGUAAAUGCUAUGGGUUGCUUGUUGUGCUACCGUGUCCUGAUAUUUACUGUCUAAACAGAACACACACCUGUGGCUUUUUUGUCUGCGGUCUUACAGCUAGCUGUGUGUGUGUAGGCCAGUGUUUUCAGAACUCCUGCGGCCCCCAAGAGGUUAAUGUUUGGUUUUUGUCCUAGCACUACGCAGCUAAUUCAAAUACUCAAAGCUUGAUGAAUCAGCUGUGUAGUGCUAGGACAAAAACCCAAAUGUGCACCUCUUGGGGUCCCCGGGACCGAGUUUGGGAAAUAAUGGUGUAGGCUGGUGUGUAUGUGUGGGGUACUCUAUAAUACAAGGCUGGUGUGUAUGUGUGGGGUACUCUAUAAUACAAGGCUAGUGUGUAUGUGUGGGGUACUCUAUAAUACAAGGCUGGUGUGUAUGUGUGGGGUACUCUAUAAUACAAGGCUGGUGUGUAUGUGUGGGGUACUCUAUAAUACACUGGGAACUUGAUUUUUUUGUAGAAUUUUUGUCAUUUCAUAUAUUCUGAACAAAAAUAUAAAUGCAUUUAUGCAACAAUUUUUGGGGAUUACACUGAGGUACAAUUCAUUUAAGGAAAUCAGUCAAUUUAAAUUAAUGAAUUAGUCCCUAAUAUAUGGAUUUCACAUGACUGGGAAUACAGAUAUGCAUCUGUUGGUCAAAGAUAUCAUAAAAAAAUGGUUUCACGCUAUCUCUAUGCAUUCAAAUUCAAUAAAAGGAAAUUGUGUUCGUUGUCUGUAGCUAAUGCCUGCCCAUACCAUAACCCCACCGCCACCAUGGGGCACUCUGUCCACAAUGUUGUCAUCAGCAAACCGUUGGCCCACACGACGCCAUACGUCGUGGGGUUGUGAGGCUGGUUGGAUGUACUGCUAAAUUCUCUAAAAUGACGUUGGAAGCGGCUUAUGGUAGAGAAAUUUAACAAUUCAUUCUAUGGCAACAGCUCUGGUGGACAUUCCUGCAGUCACCAUGGCAAUUGAAACUUCCUUUAAAACAUGAGACAUCUGUAGAGUAGUGUUGUGAAAAAACUGCACAUUUUAGAGUAGCCUUUUAUUGCCCCCAGCACAAGGUGCACCUUUGUAAUGAUAAUGCUGUUUAAUCAGCUUCUUGAUAGGUCACACCUGUCAGGUGGAUAUGAGAAAUGCUCACCAACAGGGAUGUAAACACAUUUGUGCACAACAUUUGAAAGAAAUAUGCUUUUUGGGAUCUUUUAUUUCAGCUUAUGAAACGUGGGACCAACACUUUACAUGGUGUGUUUAUAUUUUUGAUCAUUGUAUAUCAAAGUCUAUUUGUAUAAAAGAACAAUGAAAUGAUUUUAAACUAUGCUAAAUAAAAUUGUUAUAGUUAAAUAGG